GUAAAAAGCCUAGUGCUUAUAAUUCCAUUGAAUUUACUUUACAUAAGUCCAUUCCCUACUUACAACAAACUACUGUCAAUAAACUUUUCUUAGCCAAUCGGCCUCCUUUCGGUAAUUAUCAGGUUGGAGACAAAUUAGCCAUAGAUGUAGAUAGAACUAGUUUACGAUUUCCUAAUGCUGAACAAG